AUGCUCGUCCCAACACUUUUGGUCCUCGUUGCGGUCGCAUACGCCAGCGAAGAAGAAGAGUCCGCGGCUAGUCCAGAAGUGGUAUUGUUGCAAUUUCCUGAUUAUACUCCAGAAGCUAUCUUGCGAAAUACUCGUUCUGAUGUAAAACGUGCAGCGAUGCCAUUUUCUGGAGGUUUGUACGGAAAACGGAGAGCAGUCCCAUUUUCGGGUGGAGUAUAUGGAAAGCGAGCAGUAUUACCGUUCUCAGGAGGCUUAUAUGGCAAACGAUCGGGUGCGCUAAGCAGUGCCUACGAUUUUGAACGACCUCUGUUAACAGGAUCGGGCGAGAAACGAGCGCGUGCUGUGAUGCCAUUUUCUGGAGGAUUAUAUGGUAAACGAUCACCUGUGCUGCCUUUCUCCGGAGGUCUAUACGGUAAACGAGCACCGUUGCCAUUUUCGGGUGGGCUCUAUGGAAAGCGAUCUGAGCGAUUUGUUCGAUCACCAAUGCCAAUUUCGGGCGGAAUUUUCGGCUAA